GCCGCCACCUCAGUGCAAACAAAACACAACGUCACGCGGACAGUAAUCGCAUAAAAAAUUAAAACACUAAUACCGUGAAAACGUGACGGGAUGGGAUACAUAAAUCAAUAGGAAGCUUUGUAACUUCGUACAUCAGUAAACUACACAAAUAGCAACACGCACGCGCGGUCGCUGUCAAAACAAACCAGUGCUUUUGCGAUGUAAACAUGAACGAACGUAAGAUCUUACUUUUUAUCCUCUCCGUGGUCAUUUAUUUCUUAUACAGUGUUCACUCGUGGUUCACGAAAGAUACCACGAUUGUGGAAAAUACGGACAACUUAGAAUCUGUGGUUCAGAAAGUUCAAACAGAAAUCGAAAUAAUUCAAGAGAAUAAAACAGAAGUAAUAAAAGAAGAAAUCAAAGCAAAAGUCAUUCCAUUAUUUAUAAAAAACGCUUGCAGCGUGUUACAAGUGUUCACAGAGAAACCCCCCGGGAAAUGCAAGAAUAAGCCUGAAGAUAUGGAAACCGACGCCAACGCAGUUACAGUCAUAGGAAUAACCAUUUUUUUGAUCGUACUAGUUCUCAACGCGAUCUUAGAUGUUAUCAAAGUGAAAGAAGAAGAAAGACAAAGAAGAAAGUUAAAUCCAGAUGGCGAAAGACGGCAAUCGCUGGCAGAAUUUGCAAAUAAAAAGCCACUCAGAAGGGAAUCCAGCAAAUUCGGACUUCAGCUAUUUCAAAUAUCAGAAGGAAUGACAAGCAAAGACGAAGGAAAGAAAUCACGACGUCAACCAAAGUACACGAGAGGGGAUUCCACAAAUUCAUAUUUGAGUGAUAGAAAAGUUCAGACGGAGGGGUCAGCCCCUGCAUCGAUCGGCGAUACCUCAGAACCGAAAUUAGUAAAAAGGCAAUCAGUUGCAAAGCUCUUUGACAAUAAAUUAAGGUGGCUGCCUCAAAGGCCGGUGUACAACUACCACCACUGUGAGUUCCGGUUCUGGAGGAACAGCACUCUGAAGACCAUCCCCUACUCAUUGUGGUACCACAUGUUCAGAGACCAGCAAACGAGAAGUCUUAAUAUUGGGUGUUUAACCAUCCCAAAGUAUCAACAUAUUUCGCCAAAUACUCGAUGUCGUUUGAUGAUAACCCAAAAUUCAAGGCAAUAUCACUUCGACGUGGAAUGUCCAACCCAACACGAGAGCAUCCUACACAGCAACCAUGCGUCACCAGCUAGCCUUUUUGAAAUAUGCAGAAGAGUUUUAUACCAACAUUUAUCAGAAACAGCGAAAAGAUUAUCCCAAGAAACCUACAGUAUUUAUUCAGAUUACAACAGUAACAAUAAUAUGAACAAUCUUGAAGAUCAUUUCCAGGACAUCAAUAUUGACAAACAAAACACAAUUAAUUGUGAUCUAAAUGGAAACAGUUUUGAACCUAUUUAUCCUGAAAAUUUAUAUGGAAACAAUAUAAGUAAAACGCGAAAAAAGAACUAUCAUACUCCGUCAGAUAUAAUGGAAGAAUAUUUCAAAUAUCUACCAGUUUUUAUAAAAGAAGAUUUCAGAAAUGGCCCUGUAUCACGAUGUGAAAACGUCAAUUGUAAGAAGCCUGUGUUUGAUUAUGCUUACUAUGAGUUUUGUUUUGGGAAAAUAAUUCUCAUCGACAACAGAGAAGACGUAAUCCUCAGUGCAGUAUUUUGUUCCAAAUCUUGCGCAGAAACUUGGAAAAAGAGCAAACCUGUAUUAUCUUGGUCGCUAAUGGAAAGAUAAAUAUUUCAAUGAAAUAAACGUACUUACUUAAA